AGCCCAACCCAAUUGCAAAUUUGAGGCCUUCUCACUGGUAGUGAGGAAAUACAAAUACAGCCGACCGUUUGUUGGGCGGUACCCGCGAUGGUGGCGCUCGCGAGAACUGCCGGCGCCGCCGUUACUGCUCUCUCUCUCAUCGGUCUCCUCUCCUACAUAAUUAUACAUAACACUAAGUCUCGCUUAAAACCUAGGAGCAGAAAGGCCGCAGUCAAAAAGGGUGUCGUCGCCGCCAUUGGCAACACUCCUCUCAUCAGGAUCGACAGCCUCUCCGACGCCACUGGAUGCGAGAUUUUGGGGAAAGCGGAGUUUUUGAAUCCUGGAGGUAGCGUCAAAGAUAGAGUGGCACUGAAAAUUAUCCAAGAGGCUCUGGAAUGUGGAGCUCUAUCUCCUGGAGGAGUGGUCACUGAAGGCAGUGCUGGAAGCACAGCCAUCAGUCUUGCAACCGUGGCUCCUGCUUUUGGAUGCAGUUGCCAUGUAGUUAUCCCGGAUGAUGCUGCUAUCGAGAAGUCUCAAAUCCUGGAAGCUCUUGGUGCCACUGUGGAAAGAGUUAGGCCUGUUUCAAUCACCCACAAAGAUCACUUUGUCAAUAUUGCAAGGAGAAGAGCACACGAGGCAAACGAACUAGCCUCAAAGUACCAAGAUUUGAGCGAAAUUGACAACAAUAUCAAUCAGCUUAAUGACACUGAUGCGGCCUUUGAAACGAAUAGUUCAAAGUACUUAACCAACUGCAAAGGUGGUUUUUUUGCAGAUCAAUUCGAGAACCUUGCCAAUUUCAGGGCUCACCAUGAGGGAACUGGACCUGAGAUUUGGGAACAAGUUGGUGGUAAAUUGGAUGCGUUUGUUGCAGCUGCUGGUACUGGUGGCACUGUCGCUGGAGUCUCUCGGUAUCUGAAGGAGAAAGAUUCCUCUAUCAAGUGCUUUCUAGUCGAUCCACCUGGUUCUGGUCUGUUCAACAAGGUGACGAGAGGAGUGAUGUACACGAGAGAAGAAGCUGAAGGACGGAGGUUAAAAAACCCUUUCGAUACGAUCACUGAAGGAAUUGGAAUUAACAGACUGACAGAAAAUUUCAAACUUGCAGUACUUGAUGGGGCUUUUCGUGGCUCGGAUAAAGAAGCUGUUGAGAUGUCUAGGUAUGUAUUGAAGAACGACGGGCUGUUUCUUGGUAGUUCUUCAGCAAUGAACUGUGUUGGAGCUGUCAGAGUGGCACAACAAAUGGGCCCUGGUCACACCAUCAUAACAAUUUUAUGCGACAGUGGUAUGAGGCAUUUGAGUAAGUUUUACAAUGCCGAAUAUUUGGCCCAGUAUGGGCUGACGCCUUCAGCUUCUGGAUUGGAGUUCCUUGGUAUCAGUUCUGGUGAGAAUUUCAAUGAAUUUCAAUGUAUUUGUUUUCUUCUUUUAUCGACUUAUAGUGAAUGAUGCAUGAUGGAAUUUCCAGUUUUAGACAUCUUAAAAUAGUUAUAAUCACAUAACAUUUUUUCUCAUGAAAGAUCUAUUGCACUUCUCCCUCUUCCCUGCCUCCCUAGUGUAGAUAUGAAACUGGAGAAUUGAUAAAAGAAGAAGAAAAACACACACCAAAUAAAGGACAAGAAAGUCGUGUAAAAAAUCUUAAAUACGAACUAGUAGAUUCUCAGAAGGUCGACCCUUCUAUAUGCUGAGUUCUGAGGUUGGAUUUCUGGAAUAGUUUCAAGUCUAGUAAAGGUUCCCCCUUCUCUCAAAUUAUAAAGUGAAUCAGAAAGAAAUUAUAGAAAAAAGUCGUGUUUUAUAUGCAGACUUAAGCCAUCAUCCUCUGAGAUCGAAGCACUAAGAAAAAAUUAACUUCACUUAAUUUGGAUAAUGGAAACAGGCUGGGCAUGUGAGAUUUUCAGGCUAGUUUGCCCUAUUUUGCUGCUUAAAUCUUAUGACCAUUUGGCAUCCAUUCCUUGAGCCUUAAUCAACUAGAGUGCUGCAGGGGGUGUGGUCUUUAAAUAUCUUUGUCUAAUUUAUCUGAAUGCAUUCUAAAUCAUGCUUGAUAUAUUGUCACACUGAAUGAUUCCAUCUCCUAGAGAAUAGGAGUUUGAAAAUGCAGCUAAUGAUAUUAAAGUGCAUGUCAACUUAUCUUUUGCAAACUUUCUCUCCUUUCCAGAAAAGGAUAUAAAUGAGCCACAGAUGUGAAGGACGAACGUCAGAAAAGGCGAAGGCUCUUGAUGAAUCUCAAACAACGGAAUUUGGAAAAGUCCAGCUGAUACUGCUAUGGAUGAAGAAAAGAAGCUUCUGCAACUGGAAUAUGACUAGAACUGGCAAGCUGCAAUGCAUCUUUCUUCGUUCAUCAUUGAUUUGUGAUCUCAUUUCCUCUUAGUCAGGCUCUGAUAUUUGAUGAAUGGAGUUGUUUAGUAGCACCAAAAUGAGUUAGGUUUGCAAUGUAAGUUGCUCUUCUAUUUCAUCAAGAAGAGAAUUCUAUUUCAUCACUUUUUGUAAGAGAUUUUUGCAUGAAUCAUCAAAUGUAACAGUUUAUGAGAACAUUUAAAAAUAAUAUUAGGGUUAUUGGAUUAAGGAGUAAAGCACAAAAUACUUAAAAA